UUCAGCUGUGGUUUUUUUUUUUUUUUUUUUUUUUUUUUUUUUUUAAAUAGAAUGACCUAAUUUGAUUUAAAUGUCUUUUAAGUGUGCUGCCAUAGCCGCGACUUCACAGCCUAGGCGCCUUGGUUAGCCCUGUCCUAGGGUUAGCUACCUUUGCCACUUCGUGGUGCUAGGCUAGGCUAGGGUCACAAAGUAAUUUCACACCAAACCAGUUGCCACACAAUUGACUCAUUCUGCUCACAUUGUCUUAAAAGACACACGUGGCGUUUACGUAACGCUAAAUCCAGCGUUACAGCUGUGUGAGCUGCCGGCUGAACGCUGAAACCAAUCUCCCCACUGCUGGCGUUUCACUCCUUGAAAAAGACAGCUGACACAUACUGUACAUGCUGCUAAAAUGAUGGACUUUGACAACGUGCUGUCGAUCGCCACUCAAAACCAGGGUGGCAACAGCGUGCAGAAAAGGUACAGUUUACAAGCUGGUCCACCUAAAAAAGACCCAAAGUCAAAGGGAGUAAAUCCUGCUGCUAUACAGGCACUCCUGAAGAAACGACAAAAUGAAGCCAGAUUGAGAGAAAGUGAAUUGAAGAAACAGAAGGAGGAUCUUCUCGCAAAAAGGGUUGAGUUGAAGUCUGAUCGUAAAGCGAGAGCCAUGGCUUCCAGAACGAAAGACAAUUUCAAAGGUUAUAACGGCAUCCCAGUAGUGGAUGUUCCAAAGAAGAGGAGGACAAAGCAGGAAAUUGAGAUGGAAAAAAGAGGCAACGACGAAACAUUUAGAAAUUAUUCAGUUGACCCAGAGGACGAUGAAGACAAUUAUGAAUACGAGCAAACAGAUUCUGAGCCCGAUACAGAUCCAGAACCUGUGAGGCAUGGGAAAAACUCAAAUUUUAGUGGAAACAGUAGUAGCGCCAGGGCCUCCCCUAAAAAACCUAGCGGUCCUCCCAAGUCUGCUCCACUCCCCUUGAACUUUGCAGACUUGCUUAAAUUGGCUGAGAAGAAGCAGUUUGAGCCAGUUGAGUUAAAAGCAAAGACGGUGAAGGAUGAAAGGCUCCGCACAGCUGAAGAGUUAAAGGAGCUGGAGAUGGAACGGAAAGCAAAGAACCGCAACAAAGAUUUGAAGACAGAGCGAGAGCACAGGCCGCAGUCUAGUUCUGGUUUUGUAAGGAAAAACACGUCACAGAAAGAGCCAAAGAAUUGUAAACCACAAAAGGGUUUACCAGAAAGGCCACUUCAGUCCAAUGGGGUAAUGAGCAAGUCUGUAGCAACACCUCAUAAGACCAACACUGGUGAGAGAGAAAGAGAGAGACCCAAGAUCUCAGUUCCUUCAAAAAACACUUCUCCAGCUUUUGUCAAACAGGGGGUCCCUAAACCUUCAUCUAAACAUACAUUCAACGAUUCAAGCGACCUUCGAUUAAAAAAGGAGAGCUCAUCAUCUGUUCAAGGGAAGCCUUCAGGCAUGCCUCAGUCCAAGCCUCAUGGGACAUCUGUCCGGGACCUCAAAUCUCCAAAUAGCAACCCACAAAAAAAGAGGCCUACGCAGGUUAGCUCAGCAAAGCAGGAGCGUCCAGUUGUAAAUCACAAGUCUGGAAUGGGAGAAUCACCAAGGUUUGGAAGCAAUCCUGGAGUAAAAUCUAGUGCCAAUUCCUUGGUUCGACCUUCAUCAAGUGGCAAUUCGAAAGAAGUGAACCAACGUCAGUCAAGGCCAGGAGUCGUAACACCACAGCCAAAAGCUAGUGGUAGUGACUUCAAAGGUUACCCUGCGGGAAGAGGAGGCCGGCCACCAGGCUUCGGACAAGGUCGAGCCUUAAGCGGAGGGUCAGGGAUUGGACCGGGCCGAGGUCCAGGUGGAGGACCCCCAUCCAAUAGGCAACCCUCAAGCAACUUUGGAUCAGGACCUGGGAGACCCAAGUGCACUGUGGUGUCUGAGACUAUCUCCUCAAAAAAUGUCAGCGGCGCCAGACCGGGAGUUCCUCCUCGGCCAGGGAUACCACAAAGACCAGGCUUUGCUCCCAGACCAGGAGGGGCACCAAGACCUCUGAACAGACCACCAGGUGCAACACUACCACCCAUCACCAUCGCGUACAAGAGAAAAUAUGAAGAGGAAGAGGAAUAUGAUUCUGAAAUGGAUGACUUUAUUGAUGAUGGAGAAGAUGAGCAGGCGGAGGUUUCCAAACACAUAAAGGAAAUAUUUGGCUAUGACAAAUCCAAAUACAAGGAUGAAAGUGAUUAUGCUCUCAAGUUCAUGGAGAGCAGCUGGCGAGAUAUGCAGAAAGAAGAAGCAAGGAGUCUAAAAUUGGCUGUGCAAGAAGAUUUGGAGGAAGAAAGAAAAGAGCAAGAGGAGAUGAAAAGGAUCAAUGCCAAGAGGAAAAAAUAAACUGAAACAUGGACGUGAAAGACUUGUUGUUAUGUUGACAGAAAUAGGACCAUAUGUUAUCCAUAGUUGCAUGUAAAGCACUGUGGCACACAUGAAUAUUAUGGAACCCUUGUGUUAUGUUUAAAUAUUGAGUGACACAUGAAGAUACUUUUUGGUUUAUGUCAAUCUAGAAAUAAUGUUUAAAAGGUAAAUAGACAGAUGUUUGUGGCGGAAAAUGCAGGUAACAUUUACCCCCUCUUUCUCCCUAUUUAUUUCUCCCCAUCAAAAGUAGUCCCAUUUUGAAAAUCAAUGUUUAAAGAAUAAUAUUAGAGUGUGCAAGUUUCUGUUUAAAGUUAUC